CUAUGCAGCAAUUCAAGCCACAGGCAACACUUCCAUCCGCAAAAACCGCCGGCCGCCCCCACAGCCUCACCGCCCCUUCGAAGACUUCGGAGUUGACCUCAACAGAAACUACGACUUCCACUUCCAGUCCAUCGGGGAAGUGCCUGAGGAGUACGGGGGCCCCUACCCCUUCAGCGAGCCCGAGACGCAGGCCAUCAAGUGCCUCGUAGAGCGCUACGAGCAGCAGGAGCAGCAGCAGCAGCAGCAGCAGCAGCAGCAGCAGCAGCAGCAGCAGCAGCAGUGCGUGGGGGACUACAGCACGGGCUUGUUCACUGCUGCUCUGAACUUCCACACUUACGGAGACACCUGGACUUAUCCUUUUAAUUGCUGCAGAGACAAGUUGCUGCCUCCCUGGGCCAAAGCAGCUUACGAAGAACUCAAACUGUCAGCCCCUGCUGCUGCUGCUGCUGCUGCUGCUGCUGCUGCUGCUGCUGCCGCUGCUGGUGGUGGUGCUGCUGCUGCUGCCGCUGCUGGUGGUGGUGCUGCUGCUGAUGGCGCUGCUGCUGAUGGUGCUGCUGCUAAUGGUGCAGCUGCUGAUGGUGCUGCUGCUGCUAAUGGUGCAGCUGCUGAUGGUGCUGCUGCUGCUAAUGGUGCAGCUGCUGCUGCUGCUGCUGCUGCUGCUGCUGGCGUUGCUUUUCCCUUCCUUGCCGUCGCUGCUGCAUUUUCUCUAAAUCCUUUCACAGCAGCAACAGCACCACCCCCUCCCCCUCAGCAACAGCAGCAGCAGCAGCAGCAGCAGCCGAAUCAGCAGCAGCCACAGCAGCAGCAGCAGCAGCAGCAGCAGGUGUUGGGGUGUCUGUACAGGGCUCUGUCUUUGCCCAAUUUUGCUCCUGCCCCUUUAAACCCAAUUUUGGGAUAUCCCACAACAGGGGAGGCGGACGACUGGCUGCUGGCAGCAAAAGGGGUGUUGGCAGUGAGCCCAGAAAUCGGCGAAGAGGCCGGGGGCUUCUGGCAAGCUAGCCAGCUAGCUGAGCUAGCUGCUGGGGGGGCGCAGCUAGCUAGCCAGCUAGCCAGAGUCCAGGGCUUUGCAGACAGGGCCGGCGAGGAGCUAGCUGCCCGCGCGAAGCAGCAGCUGCUGGACCCCCAGGCCCUCAGGGGCUUGCUGCAGCAGGUUGCUGCGCUGCAGCAGCAGCUGCAGCAGCAGCAGCAGCAGCAGCAGCAGCAGCAGCAGCAGCAGCAGCAGCAGGCGGGAGAGGCAGGGGAGGCGCUGCUGCAUGCGCAGGAAAAUGAGACAGAGUUGUGGGAAGUCCAUACACUGGAGAUAAGCAACAACGGCCUGACGGGCCCCUCGACGCCGCUGCAGCUGCUGGCGAUUUCGGGGUCUUUGCUGCCGCUGUCUUUAGUGCCUCCGAAGGCCCGGGGCUUUUUUGCUGCUGCAGCAGAUGCAGCACUUCCUCUUUCCCGCUGCAGCAGCAAUCCGAAGUUUGCUGGCAGCAGAAUUCGCUUCGACUUCGCGGGGGCCUACAGGCGCCUGGGCAGGAGCUACAGCCAGCUGCUGCGCAGGAACAGGCUGCUGCAGCAGCACAAGCUGCAGCAGCAGCAGCAGCAGCAGCAGCAGCAGCAGCAGCAGCAGCAGCAGCAGCAGCGGGAGCAGCCGCAGCGAUGGCCGCAGCAGGAGGUGGAAGGCGCCGCACUGCAACAUGAGCGGGAGGAAAUCGGCCAGCAGCAGCAGCAGCAGCAGCAGCAGCAGCAGCAGCAGCAGCAGCAGCAGCAGCAGCAGCUAGUUGGCGAAAUGGUUAGUGGGGAGGGAGCUGCUGCUGCGCUGCAGCAGGCGCAAGAGGCCCUUGCUGUCUUCCAAGGAGGCCUAACAAAAAAGCCAGCUGCAGCAGCAGAAGCAGCAGAAGCAGCAGCAGCAGCAGCAGCAGCAACGGUCGAAGCCGCAGCAACAGCAGCAGCACUGCAGACGGCAGCGUCUGCAGCAGCAGCAGCAGCAGCAGCAGCAGCAGCAGCAGCACGCGCCCGCGCAGUGGUAGACGCAGCAGCAAAAGGACUAAUGGCAGCAGCAGAAGGACAAACUGAAAGUUUGCUGCUGCUGCUGCAGGUGGGCGGGCAGCUGCGGCAGCGCAGAGAGCCCCCGGCCUUCGGCGCCCCACACACCCUCCCCCUGCAGCAGCAGCAGAAGGAGCAGAAGGAAGAGGAGGAAGCGAGCUCUGUUGCUGCAGUCUGCGUGCUUCAGUUUGUCCCCCAGGAGAUAGCAGCAAAAGCGGGAACAGCAAAUUGGCUUUGCCACUGUGGGGCCCGCAGAGACAAAGCGGGGCCUCUUCUCUCCUGGACCAACAUCACGCUCUACGCAGAGACACCCGCCACACACCCGCUGUGUCAAGACGCCGUGGAAGCUGCUAGCCAGUGGCAGCAGCAGCAGCAGCAGCAGCAGCAGCAGCAGCAGCUCGUGCCGCGGCGGCAGCAGCAAGGCCGCCUCAAGGCUGCUGCUGCUGCUGCUGUUGCUGCUGGCAGCUUCGCCUUAGGCUUCAGAGAGCCUUUGCUGCCGCAGGAGGUACAAGGAGACAGCAAAGAAGUGCUGCUGCUGCUGCUGCUGCUGCACUUGGUGCUAAUUUUAUUCGCUGCGCGCUUCUGCAUCUCAGCACAACAAGGCCCGCACCCGGCCAAGCAGGAGGCGGAUGUCAACAGGGGAGACCCUCAGGGAAUAGCUCUACAGGCAGCAGCAGCAGCAGCAGCAGCAGCAGCAGGCGCUGCUGCUGCAGCAAGUGCUGCUGCUGCUCUGCUGAAGGGUGAGCCGGACGAGCAGCAUCCGCAGCCGCAGCAGCAGCAGCAGCAGCAGCUGCUGCUGCUGCUGCUGCUGCUGCUGGCAGCCAAAUAUCUAGUACCGCACAGCUCUCUAAACUUCCGAUAA